AUGGGAAUCGGCCCGAGCUCCUUUUGCCAACUCCCGAGUGUAACCCGCAACUGGCCCGAGCCUAUGAAUGAACACCUGGGCCGCGUCAGUACAAACGGGAAUCGGCCCGAGCCCCCUUUGCAAGCUCUUUGGUUGCUGAGCGUCACCCACACUCGGCCCAAUUCAAGCUGGCCGAUGACGAGUCUUAGCCGAUGCUGCCACAGCUCUCCAGGUAGCAGUGGAGCCUCAAAAGAGGGCCCUCCUGCCACAAGCACGAGCCCUCCUGACACAAGCACAAGCUCACCUGACAGGAGCUCUCCAAGCACAAGAUCUCCUGACACAAGCACAAGCCUUCUUGACACAAGCACAAGCUCUCCUAACACGACCCCUCUUGACACAGGCACAACUCCUCUUGACACAAGCAUGAGCCCUCUUGAAACGAGCACAAGCUCUCCUAGCAUGACCAUUCUUGACACAAGCACAAGCCCUUCUAACAUGAGCACAAGCUCUUCUAUCACAACGUAUCCUGAGACGAGCACAAGCCCUUCUGACACGAGCAUAAGUUCUCCUAGCAUGACCCUGCCUGACAUGAGCACGAGGUCUCCUGACACAAGCACAGUGCCAGGCCCUAAUGCUACAGGUCCUAAGUACUUUAAAAGUAAAAAUGGGAAAAAUGUGAUACCAUGA